UGUGUGAGGGAGCGCUGAGGAGGAGCAGACGUUCUGUGAGGUCACCUGCACUCCUGAGGAGACCGGAGGGCAGCAGACUCCCCUCCCCACAAGGCACAAGGACAGUGGGUGGCAGAAAGGGACCCUCUGUAAGGGAGCAGCUGGUGAGGGGGGAGGCGAUUCCCCUCUGAGAGAUGCCAGCCCACCUAAGAGGAUCCAGUUAAACCGACCAGAGAGAGCUUUCUACCUUUGUGGCUUCCGGUACUUCGGCAACCUGGAUCCGCCAUGCAUAGACCAGGUGUACCUCUCUGGGGUGGAGUAUGAGUUUUACAUGCUUGUAACCGCAGAAGUGGACCACUUCUUGCAACAGGGAAACCAUAAAGCAGUUCUGCUGUUCCCUCCCGUCUCCAGCCGCCUGCGGUAUCUGAUUCAUCGGCUCACCGAGUCUCGCAAUACGUUGAGCAGCUUCUCAGUGGGUGAAGGCUGGCAGCGCCGUACUGUAAUCUGCCAUGCUGGCAACAGGUUACCCGGACAGGAAGGAGAGUCCAGAGCCAGCGCUCAUGAUCAAAAUCGUGGCUGGUUUCGACGUGGCUCCUCAUACAAUAAAAAAUGGGAGACGGGCAGAGGAAGACAAAACUGGAAGCAGCGGAAGAAUGGGAGACCAGACAGAGCAUUUUACGAAGCUCGAGGGAAACCUUGGAGGACAGGCCAGGAGGAGCACAGAAGUCAUGUCAUGGGAAGAGGAGAGGAGGAAGUUGGAGAGUCGGAAGGGAGGGAGUGGCAGAGGAGGAGAGUACCAAAGAAGUAUGGUGCAGGGCAUUUGGAUAAUGAUAAAAGAAAAGCACAGGGUCUUCAGCAACAGAAAAUUGCAGGGGAAUUCGAUGAAGCGGAGAUGGGAGCAGAUGAAAUGAAUGUGCCACAGGGAAGGGAAGAAGGCCAGAAUGUGCCUGUACGGUACCCAGAGAGCCAAGUAGUGCCAGCUGUGAUAAAAAAGGGCCAACAUAUGCAGGAGGGAAAGUGUGAGACAAAGAAGAGAGCUGACACUGUGGAUGAGGCCAUGGAGCUAGUGGAGGACCAAGAGGUGCCAGAGAAUAGAGAUUGUAAAGCUCAAGAAGGUGCUCAGGAGAAAUCACAGUGCCAGGCAGAAACUGUAGAGAUAGAAGAGGGUCUGAAUGUGUUGGAGAUCAGAGAAGAAUAUCAUAAUGAAACUGAGAAGUUAUUAGAGGACCAAGAAGUAUUGGAUAAGAAAGGAAGUGGCCAAGAUGUGUCUGAGGACAGGGCAGCGAGCCAGGAUGUGUCUGAGGACAGGGCAGCGGGCCAGGAUGUGUCUGAGGACAGGGCAGCGGGCCAGGAUGUGUCUGAGGACAGGGCAGCGGGCCAGGAUGUGUCUGAGGACAGGGCAGUAAUCCAGGAUGUGUCUGAGGACAGGGCAGUGCCAGAGGACAGGGAAGUGGGAGACAAAAUGCCAGAGGACAAAGACAUGGGCCAGGAAGUACCAGACGGCAGCUCAGGGCACCAGGUGGAACCAGUAAAGAUAUCUGAAAAACUGGAGAAGGCAAAAACUGUUUUACAGAGUGAGAGACAGAUGGGAGAAGUUCUGGAUGAAACAGGAACAGAACAUGGAGAGUCUUGUGAAUAUCAAAUAAAUACAAUUCUUAAUGUGGUUGAUCAUCGUACCAAAGGGCUCUUGCAGGGAGGGGACCUAGUGGAAUGUAAGGAAGAGGAGACUUGUUUACCUUUGAUGGAGGAGCCCAUGAACAAGGAUGAAAAGAGGGAGGACACAGCAGAGUCAGUACAGCAUGGAAAACUAGAUCUAGAGAAGGGAACAGCUUCAGAUUUCUAUGACAUUAUGAGUAAGGGACUAAAUAUGGCAAGGGAUGAAGAGAAAAUACAGGUGCUUUUAGAAGUGGGUGAAGAAGAUAAGACCAAUAAGGAGGAGAACCCACCACUAGAGACCAGAGAGACAUUAACAGAGCACGGCACUGCAGAGAUGUCAGAGUCUCACAUAAAGCCAGAGAAAGGAGAGCAUACCAUGACAGAAGUGCCCUUAACAAGCAUCCAUCACCAGGGAGCAGCAGUGGUGGAGCCAGAGCACAGUGCUGCUGACCACCAGAAGAUACUGGAGCAAAUCAUGUCUGAGAUCGGCGCCCACGUCUGUGAGAAGGACAUCCACAUCCAGCCUCUGCUGGGAGACUUCUCAGAGUUUACAGAAACGCAGGUGGAUCGGGGGAGAUUUGGGCACAUUAUUGAGGUGUAUGGCUUCUCUGCUGAGCUGCGCACUGAAGAUCUGAUCGAGCCGUUUACAGAGUACAGAGAUAAAGGCUUCCAGCUGAAGUGGGUGGAUGAGUCUCAUGCCCUGGGAAUAUUUUCCAGCCCAGAGGACGCGUAUGCCGCCUCCCGCAGGAUGCACCCGGCUAUGAAGUUCCGCCCCCUCUCUCAGGGCAGCCGUCAGGCCAAGAUGGGGGCAUAUGAGCUGACAGAUUUCCUACCUCCCGGCAUAGAGAGACCACAAACGGAUGCAACGGUGGCAAAGAGAAUGGUGAACAGAUUCCUGGGACUGCCGAGGCAAGAGCCGGAGCUGCCGAGGCAGGAGAUGGAGGAGACGGAGCUGCCGAGGCAGGAGAUGGAGGAGACGGAGCUGCCGAGGCAGGAGAUGGAGGAGACGGAGCUGCCGAGGCAGGAGAUGGAGGAGACGGAGCUGCCGAGGCAGGAGAUGGAGGAGACGGAGCUGCCGAGGCAGGAGAUGGAGGAGACGGAGCUGCCGAGGGAGGAGAUGGAGGAGACGGAGCUGCCGAGGGAGGAGAUGCAGAAAACCGUGGCAUAGUGAGCCUACUACUAGCAGCUUGUUACACCUAAGAAAGUUCCUAGUUCCUGAUAUGUUGAUAUUUUGGGUAAUUUUCAUGAUGGAGAUGUGACAGCACUCUGAGUGAUUUUAUGUUGAGAGAGAAAAGUGCAUUGUAGAGCUGUGUCAGACAGGAUCCGUCUGUACCAAGUGUUUGGUUCUGCACAUGAGAUGGGUCUGUAAAAAUGCACAAAUUUCAGUUGUUUUUGCUUCCAAAUGUUCUGACACCCUACCUAAAUAAAGUUUGUUUUGCACAAA